UUUCCCUCCACCACACACCACAACACCACCACCACCAAAAUGUCCUCCAUCUCCUCCAUCUCGCUCUCCCUCUCCCUCCUCGCAGUCGGAUAUCUCUUCCGUCGCAGCUGCACGCCCCCGCACCGCCCGUCCUCCGCGACGGCCACUCCCGACCGCGUGCGCCUGCUCGCGGGCCCGAUCACCACGAUCACCACACACCUCGGGUGCCUGUGCAUCAUCUACCACGCGCUGAUCGCGCUGCUCUACUCCGAGUCGGACGACACCUACGAACACAAUACGCCCACCGACCCGACCGCCAUCCAUAACACCAUCACCCUCACCCUCCACCGCAUCUGCCCGCACCCGACCAACCUCCCACCCCAGCUCUUCACCUGGACCCCCACCACAGCCCUGUGUCUCCUCUCCAUCGCCCUCGGCACUACGCUCCGGCUCGCCGCAUUCCGCUCCCUCGGUCGCAACUUCACCUUCGAGCUGGCGCAGCCCGACAGUCUCGUCACGGCGGGGAUGUACCGGUUCGUGCAGCAUCCGAGCUACACGGGCCUGUGGCUGCUUGCGGCGGGACAGCUGGGGUUGGUGCUGCGGUGGGACGGGGCGGCGGCCUGUGGGAUGGACGCUGGAACGCUGGAGCGACUGUCUGGGUGGGGAGGGUGGGCGUUGGGUGCGCUGGUGGUGGUGUUGAUGCGGUUCACGGUGAUGCGCAUACGCGAUGAGGAGCGCAUGUUGCAGACGAAAUUCGGGGGGGAGUGGGAGGGGUGGCAUGCCAGGACGGCGAGGAUGGUUCCGUUUUUGCUGUAA